GGGGCCCUGGGCAGCCUGGUCUAGUAUUAAAUGUGGAGGUUAGCAGCCCUGCUUACAGAAGGGGGUUGGAACUUAAUGAUCCUUGAGGUCCCUUCCAACCCAAGCCAUUCUGUGACUAUGAUAACGCAACCAUCCUGUAAGCCUUAAAUGAAAGAUAAGAUGAUCUUUAGUAAUCUGGUCAGUCCAUGUGGAAAAUAAGUUGGUUGGCAUCUUCCCUCCUCUCCAGGGAGAGGAGAAGCUGCAAGGUCUUCUUGUUGACUUUUAAGGUUGCUAAGGGUUUGCUGGAUUGCAUUUAAUAUGGGUGCACAGGGCCAGCUGAGUAGUCAGAGGGCUUCAGAAAAGCAGCUCUUCUAGGGCUUGGAGGGGAAUGGAAAUGGGGAUUGGGAAUGUGCUGGAAGAUGCAGGCAGAUAUCAGACCAUUGCAGUGUGGUUAUUGGAAUCUGGCAGGAAGGCCAGCUCUGGUUAGAGGGGGAAGCCGUCCUUCAGACAGAGACCUUAAAAAGACAUUGGAAAGAAAAGAAAGAGACAAAUACAAGCUUGACUUUAUCAAGUGUUAUUUGGGAAGGGGUUAAGUGACACGGUUGCCUCAUAGAGGAGUGAUGAGCUGCUUUCCAGACCAGCGUGAUGAGAGGAUGUUAGACAUCUAGCAAAAACACUUAAAUCAGCAGUUGUAGGUAAUUUGCACCCAGGAAUCCUAAAAUAAUCAGCUGAAGAGAUUGUUAGCCUGCUGUGUUUUGAUUUAAAUCUUCUUCUGAAUACUGGGUAAGUUUCAAAGGACUGGAAGAGUGCUAAUAAAACACCACUACUUAGAAAUAAAGGCAAGAGGGGUAAGUUGGGUGAAGGCAGUUUGCUGUCAGUGUGGAGCAGAGUGAUUUGCAAUGCAUUUAAUGGAGAGUGAAGAAAAAGGGAGUGUCAUUUUUGUCAUGUAAAUGUGAUUUAGUGAAGGAUUAGUGGUAUUGCACAACAUGCUGCUGAAAAAUUACAGCUCUGAAAUAGGUAACUGAUACUGAUAGCUCAAUGGCUGUCAGAUGGUUAUCACCCAGAAGUGCUGCUUUGGGGGCCUGUGACUGGUGUGCCCAGUGUUCCCAUUGCUCAUCUAGCUGCUGAAGGAAGGAGUGGCUGCUCCUCCUGAUGUCUUUGGGAUGAGGAGGGAUGGCUGGGUGAGACUUCCCACAUCAGAAGUGUUCUCAAGUCAGGCUAGGCAACUUGAACGUCCCUUUUGGCCUUAAAUCUUGAAACGCGAUGCAAAGCAAAUUGCUUCCCUUCUUAUUAUGAGAGAAUGAACCAAAGGGCUGUGAAGACACCUACCAGGAAGGGAAAAGUCCUGAUAAUGUGCUGAAGCCCAGGGGGAAGCAUAGCAUUUCUCAGAACGUUGUCUGAUUGCUCAGAGCAGAAGCUUCUUGCAGGUUGGGUUGGCUUCAGCUGGAGGGAAAAUGAAUAUGCUAUGUGUAAUGCUCGUCUGUGCUUACAGAGUGCUUCUAUUGAGCUGUCUGCCUCCAUCUUGUCUGCAUAUGGAACUGUCAAAUGUGUUCCUUAUUCUGCCUGCUGAUUGCAAGGAGGAAAGCAAAGCAAUGCAUCUAUGCUGACCGAACACCAUGGCUUGUGUUGUGCAGGACCUGGGCUCUCAGCCUGGCAGACAUCACAUAAUGCCCACUAAUGUCCUGCUGGGAGCCUGAGCUGUUAGCUCGUCCCCUGUCAAGUUUGCUGUGGGCCUUGCAGGUACUGGGGGAGGCAGCUGACACCCUUCUUUGUACAACCUGAUGCAAAUCUUGUUGGAUUUACGCCUUGAAGAGGCAGGGGAUGAGAUUCUUUUAAUCUCAGAGCCCUUUGUGAAGAGUGGGAAUGGGACAAGCAGAAGUCUGCAGAAUAAGAACAGUGGCGAACCUGAGGCCAAGCAGUUCAAAGGAGACGAGGAGGAGGAGACUGUCAGGCACAGGGAGCUCGUACUGCGAAACUAUGACCCUGAAGAUGAAGAGCUGAAGAAGAGGAAAUUGCCUCCGGCCAAGCCAGCCUCAGUGGAAGACAAGGUGAAGGACCAGCUGGAGGCAGCUAAGCCAGAGCCCAUCAUCGAUGAAGUGGAUCUGACAAACCUGGCCCCCAGGAAGCCGGACUGGGAUUUAAAACGAGACGUAGCCAAGAAGAUGGAGAAGCUGGAGAAGAGGACUCAGAGAGCCAUCGCUGAACUGAUCCGAGAGCGCUUGAAAGGGCAGGAGGAGGAGUUGGCGGCAGCUGUUGGGUCAGCAAAGCAGGAUGGAAGUGACUCUGACUGAUUUGCUCCAUCUGGGUAUGGGCUCUGCCAGCAACACCAAUCCCAUCACUGUCAGGUAGAGGAGCCUCGCUGCUGACCAAUACUUUGCCAGGAGCCUAUGAGUCGUGGAGGAAAGGCGCAGAUCUGAGGAGCAGUGCUUCCCUCUCUGAGACUGUGGCUGGUGGAUAAAGCACGUUUCACAGACCACUUUUUAGGACCAUGAAGGGUUGAUGGGAGUGGGAUAGACGUACACUUUGCCUUGAACUUGGCAGGAGUUGGAGGAGGCAAGAUGUGGGCAAAAGGGCAAAGUGUCAAAGAACGUACAUCCAGGAAACUCUCCUCUCACUUGCUUGGUUAAGAGAUCCCCACACAGCCAACAGUGUCCCUUAAGGGCACUGCUCUUUGUCAGGGUGCUCCUUUCUGCAGAAAACUGAUGUCACUGUUACAGAGAACGACAGGGUCUCUUGCUCUGGAGAACAUCUGCUCAAUGGUUGGGAACCUUUCCCUCGUGAUCACACCCAGCAUGUACAGAGUGACUCUCCUGGAAGUGCUGUGUGCUCAGGACCUGUUGGCUGCUCUGGGCUGGGAGAAGUGUCCAACUGAGAGGCUGAUGUGUGUUUUUUGUUUGCUGAAGCUUCCAGACCCUCCAGGCUGUGCAACGUGCACCAUUCCUCUGGAUGUUUUAUAAUUGACAAAGUUUGUUGUAACAAAUAUUUUCAUAAUAAAAUUAUUCCACCGUG